AUGUACCCACAGAGACUGAUCCCAGGGACUGAUUCAGACCUGGGACACCAGAACGGACAUUCUAGAACCACUAGACAUUCUGCAACCACUAGACAUUCUAGAACCACUAGACAUUCUGCAACCACUAGACAUUCUAGAACCACUAGACAUUCUGCAACCACUAGACAUUCUAGAACCACUAGACAUUCUGCAACCACUAGACAUUCUACAACCACUAGACAUUCUGCAACCACUAGACAUUCUACAACCACUAGACAUUCUAGAACCACUAGACAUUCUGCAACCACUAGACAUUCUAGAACCACUAGACAUUCUGCAACCACUAGACAUUCUAGAACCACUAGACAUUCUGCAACCACUAGACAUUCUACAACCACUAGACAUUCUACAACCACUAGACAUUCUACAACCACUAGACAUUCUACAACCACUAGACAUUCUAGAACCACUAGACAUUCUGCAACCACUAGACAUUCUAGAACCACUAGACAUUCUGCAACCACUAGACAUUCUACAACCACUAGACAUUCUACAACCACUAGAACGGACAUUCUAGAACCACUAGACAUUCUGCAACCACUAGACAUUCUACAACCACUAGACAUUCUGCAACCACUAGACAUUCUGCAACCACUAGACAUUCUGCAACCACUAGACAUUCUAGAACCACUAGACAUUCUGCAACCACUAGACAUUCUGCAACCACUAGACAUUCUAGAACCACUAGACAUUCUGCAACCACUAGACAUUCUACAACCACUAGACAUUCUGCAACCACUAGACAUUCUAGAACCACUAGACAUUCUGCAACCACUAGACAUUCUGCAACCACUAGACAUUCUAGAACCACUAGACAUUCUGCAACCACUAGACAUUCUAGAACCACUAGACAUUCUGCAACCACUAGACAUUCUAGAACCACUAGACAUUCUACAACCACUAGACAUUCUGCAACCACUAGACAUUCUAAAACCACGAGACAUUCUAAAACCACGAGACAUUCUACAACCACUAGACAUUCUAGAACCACUAGAAGAGACAUUCUACAACCACUAGAAGGGACAUUCUAGAACCACGAGAAGGGACAUUCUAGAACCACUAGAUGGGACAUUCUAGAACCACUAGAAUGGUAUGGGAUGGCUACAGUCCAGUGUACAGAUUUCACACUCUGCUUCUCAAAUGGCACCGUUUCUCUGCAACGGCAGCCAGCGCGCUACAUGGGGAACAGGGUGUCAUUCGGGAUGCAGGCCCUGUCUUUGUCCGUUCUACUAAACUCUAACUCUGUAGUGGAACCCAUCCUUAACAUUCUCUCUCUCUCUCUUGAUUCUGAGGCAUUAGAUCCUGAAACUCACCAGCUGCCAAAAUAAGGUGCCUUUAGGUUUAUACCUGAACACUCCCCUACUGACCACACGUCACUAUAGCACUCCCCUACUGACCACACGUCACUAACACUCCCUUACUGACCACCCGUCACUAUAACACUCCCCUACUGACUGACCACACGUCACUAUAACACUCCCCUACUGACCACACAUCACUAACAUUCCCCUACUGACCACACGUCACUAACACUCCCCUACUGACAACA